AUGAGCUUCUCCAAUUCGGCCGCCAGUCGAUUCUCUGAAAGGAGCGGAAGCACCACAACCACGUACACCGUCGGUAACCCCGUUCGUCGAGCUUACAACGAGCCGUCGCAAACCAUGACCAUGACCAUGCCGUUGACCGGCCUCUCGCCGCCCUCGAAAGGCUUCUUUACCCCCUCGUCCAUGCCCACCUCGAGAACAGAUGCCUCCUCCAACGGUGUUAUCUCGUCUGCUGUGCCAAGUCGUGGUCGCCGAAGAGAAUCGAUCACAGGACAGAUGCGUCGAAAAGCUACCGACACCGCGUCUGCUGCUGGUGCCGGCGGUGCCUCUGGUCUCUCCAUGAGCCGUGCCGCUCCAGGCGGGCCCGGUUCGCCCACGGGACGCGCAAUUCCCAUGAUGGCUCGCUCGCCUCGUAUGGGCAUGGCCGAGAUGGGCGGCGGUCUUUCGACUUCGUUUGGUGCGGCCGCCGAGGCGCUCUCGCUCUCUUCGUCCAUCACGUCCAACUCAACAGUGGCUCCUGGUUCGUUCCAGGCACGCAGCAACGCACAACCCAUCCAGCACGAGGGUCGUUCGCAGGGACACUCGCACCUUGGCGUCGAGUGCUUCGGCCCCUCGAGCCUGGACAGCACCAUGCCCAUGCCGAGUCCAGGCAUGAUCGCCAACGGACCCAAGCGCGACCGUCGCUCGUCGGUCAGCUCCACAGGCACCAUCGGCGAGGAUGAUGACGACGGCAAGAGCAGCAAAGGUGGAAAACACGAGGAGCUUCACCGUUGCGAGAGCUGUGCCAAGGUGUACCGUCACCCAAGUUGUCUGAUCAAGCACCGCUGGGAGCACACGGUCUACUGGAAGGAGGCGUCCAAGUUCCUCAUGAGCAAGCACCAGCAGGUGCAACUGCUCGAGGCCGCAGCCAUCCUGGUGGGCAUGGACGCGAACGCUCGCUCGCUGCCCGAGGAAAAGGCGCUGUGGCCCGCUGCGGUGAGCCCUCCGGCGUCUGGGCUGCUCGGAUCCGAGUCGAUCAACUUUGAGACUUUGAUGGCUUCAAAGCGCCGAAACACGAUCUCGAGCAACGCAAGCAGCGGCAGCCCGGCGCGUCGAACCACGCCUUCGCUGGUGCCCAACGACAGCAGCGACGGCAGCACCACGAGCACGUACGAUCCCUCGAUGCGCAGCGUCACCAUGAGCCCUCUUGCAGGGCUGGGCAACAUGCGUCUCACGGAGGGCGACCGCAAGCACCGCGACGAGGGUCGCUACCGCCUCGACGAUGGCGCUAGUGGUAGCGGAAGCGGCAGCGACCGUGCUGACCGUUCAGGAUCCGCCGAGAUGUACGACGAUGAAGACGUCGACGACGAGGCACGCCUGGACGACGGCGAAGAGCGUUACGGUGCCGAUGCUGGUGGCGAUGUAAUGGCGCACAUGGAGAUGGACGAUGUCAACUAG